AUGCCUUAUUUUCAAGGUGUAAUCUACCAAAAAUUUGGCCAAACAACAGAAGAAGAGUUAUUUGGAAAUACUUGUGCUUGUAAAGAAUUUAAUGAAUUUCUGGCACUUUUGGGUGAUCGUGUGCCUUUAAGAAACUUUGAUGGAUAUCGUGGAGGGCUGGACACAAUACAUGGGCAAACUGGGAAUGAAAGUAUUUACACAAAAUUUUCACAAAAAGAAAUUAUGUUUCAUGUAAGCACUCUGUUGCCUUAUACAGCUGGGGAUACACAACAAUUACAACGUAAAAGACAUAUUGGUAAUGAUAUUGUUGCUAUUUCAAAUUUUCUACACUCUUAUUUGGUUAUUCAACCAAUCGAAAACAAUAAUAGUGACAAUAAUAACAACACUUCUCCUCAAAAUCUCUAUUAUCGUGUUAGUAUAUCCGCCCGCAAUGACGUCCCUCCUUUUGGCCCACCAAUGCCUUCAACUAUUAUUACUGGGAAUAAUGAAGAAUUACGAGCAUUUAUAUUAACAAAACUUAUAAAUGCGGAAAAUGCUGGAUUGAAGGCUGAAAAAUUUGCAAAAUUAGCGGAAAGAACUCGUUCAUCCCUUCUCGAUGGACUUUAUAACGGACUUAAAGAGCGUGCUCAAUUUUAUGGAGUACCCUUUCUCGAGUCUAUAGACCAACAACAACAAACAACAACAAUAAAUAAUACUUCUUUAAAUCUAACAUCAACUCCCAAUUCGUCUAAACAACAACUAAAUAAUUCCCCUAUAAUACUAAAUACCUCAAAUAAUUUAAAUAAAAAUACUUCUAUUGGCCUUUUUAGUUCUGUUAAAAAAGCGUUCGCAAAUACUCGUUCUCGUUCUGUCUCCCAAGACAUUGCAUCGUCCUCAUCCCACAAUAACCAUCACCAUUCUUCAUUUUUACCAACCAAAAAACACCAACAAACUACCUCCUCUUCUACAACAAAAAAUCAACAACAAAAUAACCCCCUCCCCCCUUUAGGCAAUAAUCAACGCCUUUCAGAAACUACAAGUAGUACAAUAUGCCCAAGUAUUAGUAGUGAAAGUACUAAUAGUUCUUCUGGUUAUUAUUGCUCUUCGGCUUCUUCUUCUUCUGGGAAUUCUUCUUGUUGUUUGAAUAAUAAUACACGACCUCCUCCCCAUUCUCCUCGACAGAGUGGUGUUAGUAAAAGAAUUUUGGCUAGAGAACAGAGUCGUGUUGCUUCCUUAGCGAUUUCUGAUGAUAAUCAUCCUUCAUCCGGUUCUUCUACUACUUCUAGCCAAGUGUAUGAUACAGGAAAUGGGCCACCUCCGCGUUGGCGAGCUGGUGCAAUCCCGAAUGGUUACCGACAGACGGCGUUUACUAAUAGAGGCUGUACUUCAAUGGUUUUCGACAAUACAACUUCCUCUACCUCAUUCUCUCCCAAUAAUACAACAAAUAAAUUAAUUCGUUAUCCUCAACAUUCUCCUCCUCUUCAACAACAACAAACUCCUCCUCAAUUUAUUAAAAAUAUUUCACCAAAUAAUAGUGAUUUAAGAAGAAUUGAAGGGAGUGAAUUUUUAAGUAGUGAUGAUGAUGUUGAUUAUGAUGAAGAUGUUGAAGUGGAAGUUGAAGAAGUUUUGAGUGCUAUUGGGGGUGGAAAUGAACAACAAGAUUCUGAUACUGGAAUGGAAAGCAUGUCUUCUGGCGACUUACAUAAUUCAUUUAAUACAGAAAGGGCUUCUUCUAUAUUUAAUGUAAAACAUUUAAAAUUAAAUAAUAAACAACACGAAGCAGAAGAAAAAAGAUUAGAAGAAUUGGUUGUUGAUGUUGUUAGGUUAAAAAAUGAAAAGGGAGAAUUGUUAAGACAAAAUGUUACUUGCCGAACUGAUAUUAAAAAAUUAAAAGAACGUCAAUCAUUAUUGGCCACAGAAUUGGAUAAAGCAAACGAUGAAAUUCAACGGCUCAAAAGAUUGAUAAAUAAAUCAUCUGAAGGUUCCCCUGACCCUUCAAUUAAUUUAUCUAUUAAAAAACAAGACAAGGAAGAUAAUAAUCAACAAAAAUCACUAAUAAUGUAUUUUGGAGAUGAAGAAGAAAUUACUAUGAUUAAAAAUAAUCAAAAUAUAGUUAUAGAAAAUAAUCAACCCCAACCCGUUCCUCCUCCUUCUACUACUACUUCCCCCUAUUUUAAUCAACUUUUAUUUAGUGCUGAACAAUAA